AUGGGUAGUAAAGAAGCCGACUUUGACUGGAAAAAGACCACUGACAACAUCCAGGUGGUGUUUGACUUCAUGGAGGUGCUUGGAUCACCCUUUGGCUAUGUGUUUGUGUGUUCUCCCAGGGGGGCGUUCUCCGAGGUGUUCAUGGUGAAGGAGAAGAAGACAGGCAAGCUGUUUGCCAUAAAGUGUGUGAAGAAGAAGCAGAAGAGUAUUCAGAAUCUGGAGAAUGAGAUUGCCGUGUUGAGAAAGAUCAAACAUGAAAACGUUGUUGGGUUGGAGGAUGUCUAUGAAAGUCGUCCUCAUUUCUACCUUGUCAUGCAGCUCGUUGCUGGGGGUGAACUGUUUGGUAUCCUGGACCGGGGGAUGUACUCAGAGAAGGAUGCCAGCAGGGUUGUUCAACAGGUGCUCCAGGCAGUACAAUACCUCCAUCAGAAUGGCAUCGUGCACCGCGACCUCAAGCCGGAGAACCUACUGUAUUACAGCCAGGAUGAGAACUCCAAGAUCAUGAUCAGUGACUUUGGCCUGUCCAAGAUGGAGGAUAAUGGUGUCAUGUCCACAGCCUGCGGCACUUCAGGAUAUGUGGCCCCUGAAGUUUUGGCCCAGAAACCCUACAGCAAGGCAGUGGACUGCUGGUCUAUUGGAGUCAUCACCUAUAUCCUGCUCUGUGGAUAUCCCCCUUUCUAUGAGGACACUGAGACACAACUGUUCUCUAAGAUCAUGAAUGCGCAGUACGAGUUUGACUCUCCCUUUUGGAAUGACAUCUCUGAAUCAGCCAAAGAUUUUAUCCGUAACAUGAUGCAUAAGAACCCUAAGAUGCGCUUCACUACAAAGCAGGCUCUCAGGCAUCCCUGGUGAGUGCCUUGAUUAACAACAUCAAUUGCCUAGAUCUGUUUUGUCUGUAACAUCUACAACAACAUGCACUCUGAGGUGUCCAGUGUGAGGUGUA